AUGAGCAAGAUGAGAAUGUUCAGCGACAUAUUCGACAAUGAUAUGAGAUUUCUGAAGGAUAGAAUCUCGAAACCCAAAUCACAAUCCGAGAUCUGCGGGGUGGACGAUGAGACAAGACCUUUCAUAUGCGCUAUCGAGGAAGCACCAAAAUUCCAGACGACCAACAGGUACAUCACCGGAGGCUAUCGCACUUGGAAGUCGCGAGAAAGCUGCAUCAAAGGCAUACUGCAAUGGACUAACGAAACCAUCAAUAUUUGGUCGCAUCUCGGUCCGUUCAUCGCUCUGCUAUUUCGUUAUGCACAAGACAUUCUGCACAAUUUCGACGAAGCCAACUUCGAGCCUUUCGACAAGAAGCUCUGCAGCCUGAUGAUAUUAGCCUACGUGACGAUGUUUGGGCUCUCUUCGAUCUAUCAUGUAUUCAAUUGCUGCUGUUGCGAUUGCUACAGAUACUGGUAUGGCUGGGACUUCAUCGGAAUCUGUGGGUCAAUUUACGCGUACGGGACGGGAUUUUUGUUUCUCCAGUUCAGAGACGCUCCUCAUUGGAUCCCUCUGUAUGCCGCAAUCAAAACCAUAAUCUUGGCGGUUCCAAUCAUUAUGCUCUUUCACGAGGAAUAUCGUGAUGAAAAAUACGACGACCAUCGUGCCGUGGGGCUUGGAGUAUUCGUGGUCUUCAAUACGAUUCCCACAGUGCACUCGAUCGUUCUGAGAGGGGGCUUGGACAGUCCCGUCGUGAGAGCAACCCUGCCGACUCAUCUGCUUUGUGUGGCUCUAUUGGUGGGAAGCUUCAUCGUCUACGCUUGCCAGUUCCCGGAGAGAUUCUUACCUGGACGAGUGAACUACAUUGGGAAUAGUCAUCAGAUAUGGCAUAUCGGAACAGCGACGGCUGUUUUCCACGCCCGUCAUUUGUAUUUCCAAUACGUCAGGGCUCUCAGUGGACUCACCUGA